AUGUCAUCCGCUUACCAGAAGCCCAUAAAUAUUCCCCCAGAGUUCCCGGCGAUUCUAAAGGCCUUCACUCGCGAAAUCCUUCGAGCGCAACCAGCAAACAUCUAUGAGUUCGGUGCACGGUAUUUCGCGGGGCUGCAAGGCGGUGAGACAGAGGCGGACUUAUUGGGCCGCCUGGAGAGCGCCAUGAACGCACCUGAUCGCACAAGUGCUUCACAAGCCAAAGGGGGGAUCGACGUUGAGGAGACGGCCGUGAUGAUGGACCUGGCGACAGCAACAUCAGCGGAACUGGAGCCCAUCCUUAUGAGUAAGCCCAGCCAGUGUCGGUGGCCCCGCCCGGGCUUAGGUUGGGAUGGCAUGAUGUGGGUCGGUGUGGCGUGCCGCGCUUGGGGCCUGGUUGACAGGUGUUGCUUGUUGGUUCCGGUGAUGGUCCUCAGAAGCGUGCCAUUGUGGCGCUACUGUGUGUGGCCGCCAACAGCGACUGACCAUUCUCCGGUGCAGUCCAUACCGCUGCGGCCCUUCGGCUCUUGCUGCCGUCCUAUGGCUCAGGGCCAGCUAUACCGGGGUGCGCGCGCUCGGCAGUGGGAGCUGUUCAUCGAGGCCGAUAGGGACCGCAGCGGCUUCCUCGACCGACAGGAGCUUACCUCGGUGCUGCGGAACGCAAAUCUACGGCUGAGUGACAGGCAAAUUCGGCAGAUCCUGGCGGAGGCGGAUGAGAACGACGAUGACGUCAUCCAGUACAAGGAGUUCCUGCCCAUCAUGGUGGACGUCAUGCAGAGCAUCAAGGCUAAGGAGCAGGCCAAGGCCAUGAUGCAUGGAGUGGAGUCGAUGGUCCGUACGGAGGUGGAGAGCAUGUUGCUGCAUGGCCUACCGCAGGAGGAGCUGCAGGCCCUGAUGCUCAAGGUGUUCCGGAAGGCGGAUGCGGAUGGCAGUGGCACCCUCAACAGGCACGAGUUCAAGGAGGCCCUCAAGGCUGCCGAGCUGGGCCUUACUCGCAAGGACAUCAACCUCAUUCUCUCUCACAUUGACGUGGACAAGGACGGACUGGUGUCGUACGAGGAGUUCAUCCCGGUGUGCUUCCAGGUGCUUGUUGAGCGGUUUAAGGAUGAGAUCGUGGUGAACGACAUCCUCAGCAACACCGACGAGCUGCAACAGAUGCUGCUGACCGCCUUUAGGGAUGCAGACUCAGAGAACACCGGCCUGCUCACGCAGCGACAGGUCAAGGCAAUUUUCAAGGAGCUGUCGUACCAGGCGCUGGGACUGACGACCCUGCAGACCGUCAGCUUGCUGAGCCAGGCCCCCACCACCCCGGACGGCAUGGUGCAGUACAUUCAAUUCGUACCCCUGGCGGCCUCCAUCAUUCGCUCCAUGAACGACGUGGAGAGCAUGAAGAGCAGGAUGAGCGCCAUCAAGGCGGUGGCGGAGGCGGGAGGAAUUCAGGCCCUGGGCGCUCUGGACCUGGAGCAGCUGCGGGCGGUGUUGUCUGACUCCUUCCAGCGUGUGGACGAGGAGGGCACCGGCCAGCUGACACUGCCCCAGGUGACGGAGGUCAUUGAGAGCCUCAACAGCCUGGCGCCGGAAGCCAAUCUGGCGCUGUCGGAGCAGCACAUGAAGGCGAUGUUCGCCGCCAUCGACGCUGACGAGAGCGGCACUGUGGACUGGACUGAGCUGGUCAACUUCAUUUGUGAUGCACUCGAACACGUGGAGCGAGAAGCGUACAUCGCCAACAUGGGGGUGGGGGCGGAGCAGGGAGAAGGCGGUGAGGCUGUGCCGUACGUAGUCGUACUGUCUUGGUGGGGUGACGAUGCAGGGCGAAGAAAAACAGGCGGUUGGGACAGGCUCGCUUCCGACUGUUUGUAUGGUGGGAGAGGUGUGCGGGCCCGAUGGCCGUUCUAGCCGCGCGAGGUAUAGACACGCAGCACGCACCCAUCCCAGCCAGUCGGGGUGGAGCAGUGCCGCCUUUGCCGAAACCCGUAGAGGCUAUUUGGGGGCCCGCGGGGUGGGGUGGGUUGGGGCCGUAGCGGGUUGGCAUAUCAGCCUUCCUCAGAGCCGUUCGUCGGUGUUUUAGUGCAUUAAGGGUUUGGGACGGGAAGCACCAUCAGCAGCACCACCACCACCAAGUUCCACCCAUAAGGGGGGUGGCCGCAAGCUUGUGUGAUCCCCGAGGAGCAUAUGAUUGCGUACAUGUCCAUGUAUCAGCCAAGAAUGCGCGGAGGGCCGUUGCCUCCCAUCAUUGGCUUGGUGCAACAGCUGCUGCAAUGUGGCAUCAGCUGUAACAAUGCUUGCCGCCCGACCUGAAGUACGAACAGUACAUUAUUUUUUUCGGCCCUUGUUGGGCGUAUCCGGCACCGGUCGAAUCCAGAGUGGAUCUUGAUUCGGUAUGGCUUGGGCUCUCAACCCUCCCCUGACGGGGAGGAAGAAGUUGCUCAGAUGCCCGGAAGCGGCCGACUUGGUUGCAAGCCCUCCCAUCCUCACACGUGUGCUCAUGAGCACCGUGUAUUAUUGUGGAGCAUGCGAGCUCCCCUCUGUUCACCACUACCGCUAAAGGGUAAGCAAACAAGGACGGCCCCUCCCACAAAUCCCCCCAGGAAACGGCAGAUAAUGCGGUAUAGCACACUGCGCGUCGCUCGCAGAGUUUUGCGCAUGCUGAGUCGUUACGCUGAGUCGAAACACUGAAUCCUUCUCAACCUGGGAGGCUGGCAAGGAGCCCAAGGAAUAAGCCAGUCAGCAAAGCUGGCUCAUCGCACGGGGAUGAUAUCUUUGCAGUUAUACUAUUGUGGGAGAAGCAUGAUGGUUGCACUGCCGGACAGAAGCGCCUCUGCCGUGGUGGAGUUAUACGGACAGCACCUGCUUAGUUUAAACAGAUUUUGUGACCAAAACAAUGUAAUCAAAAUUCUCUGCG